UGACGGACAGUUUGCAUGACGGACUGUGUUUAUGUCGGACAGUUUUCAUGUCGGACUGUGUUCUUGUCGGACUGUUUGAACCGUAACCCUGUCCUUUAGUCACGGUCUCCAACCGUUUUGACAACUUCGUGACAUAGAGAGCUACUUGUUUGAUACAGACUUCACAAACAAUGACCACACCAGGACCCCAGGAACCCGGACUCACCAGGAUGGCUGGUGUGAGACAGGUGCUGUGCCGCAGAGCUCAGCUGGUCACAUAUAUCCCUGCCCUCCACGUGUUGGUAAAUCGUGUGACUGGAGCCAGAACCUUCGCUGCUACGAUAUUAUCAGGCUGUGAAAAACCAAGCAGAGGUCCGAGUCCCGACACAGAACCGAAAAAAGCAGAGUCCAGUGAGAACCUGGACUUCCUGGGACUCCAGGACUCCAGGUUCCUGCUGCCUGGAAACUUGGGUUUUGACUGCCACCUAGAGGGGCUGACCAUGCAGCAGCAGCAGCAGCAGCAGCAGAAGAAGAAAACCACAGGUCCUGAGGGACUGCUGUGUCCAUCUAGUGGUGACAAGAAGGAGUUGACGCUGACCGAGGAUGGCUCUGACCAAGCGGAUCCUCAGAACAUGAGCAGGUCCGAUCAGUGCUUCGACGACUCCACCGUGGAGUGUUCCAUCCAGCCCUGCCCCCAGCAGCUGCAGAAAGAUUUCCAGAUGAUGUUUCCUGAUGCUCCGCCUUCUGCUCUCACUGUGGUGACGGUUACUCAGAGGACCGUGAACGACAUGACGGCGUGGAGUCCAGAGGUGGAGCAGGAGAGGGAGGUGCUCCUCAGCAAGUUUGUGGGCGGAGCCCAGCAGAUCUGCUCGGCCCUGCAGAGUGAAGGAUUCUGGGCGGACUUCAUCGAGCCAUCCUGUGGCCUGCCGUUCUUCGGUCCGUACACCAACAACACACUGUUCGAGACGGAUGAGCGCUACCGUCACCUGGGCUUCCAGAUUGAAGACCUGGGCUGCUGCAGAGUGAUUGGACACCGUCUGUGGGGGACCCACGUCUUUGUCGGUACCAUCGUCACUGAGGCUCCGCCCACCAGCUCUGUCAUGAAGAGGCUGCAGGGCAGCUGAACAGCAGCUCAGUCAGACUGUGGGUCCAACACGGGUGUCGUAGUACAAUCUGAGUACUACUGUUGGUGAUAUACUCCAGUAGUAUACAGUACACACACAGGUGACAGCGGCUGACGCUGCUGGAACCACGGUGAAAUGUUUUUCUUUAGACACAUUUAUGUGUAACACGGUUUGUUUGAUUGGUUCCCAACCUCUGGGCCUCGGACCAGUUUCAGGGUGUAGAUCAUAGAAAUGGUUCCAUAGAAAUAUAUUCCUUUUUCUGUUUUCACCAGUGUGAAAUAUUUAUUUUGAAAAAUAAGCUUUGGAUUCUCACCUAUCGACACAUGUCUUGUCAAAAUAAAAGUCUUUGGAAAAA